AUGUCGCCAAAGCCCGUUAUUAUUGACCAUGAUGGUGGACACGACGACCUGGUUGCGCUAGCACUGCUGCUGGGCAAUCCGGAGUCAGUGAAGGUGAUUGGCUGUAUAGUCACGGACGCCGACUGCAUCGUGGACCAUGCAUUCAGUGUAUCGGGUAAGUUGAUGGCUAUGAUGCACGCCACGGAAGCGACAGGGCUUUUCCCUGUUGCGAAGACGUCCUUCAAGGGCGUUAACCCGUUCCCGUCGGAGUGGCGGUGGAGCGCGAAAAACAUGGAUGACCUUCCAUGUGUCAACAUUCCCGAGCAUGUGACCAUCUGGAACAGCGUGCGUGACCAGAAUGAUGCACUAGUGGGUGAGGAGGUUAUGGCUCAGCUGGUAAUGUCCUCCCCGGAGAAGGUGAUAAUCUGCGUGACUGGACCGCUCUCGUGUGUGGCGUGGUGCAUCGAGAAGUACGGCGAGGAGUUCUGCAAGAAUGUGGAGGAGUGCGUCAUCAUGGGUGGCGCGGUCGACGUGAAGGGCAACGUCUUCAUCGACGGCCGAACGGAUGGCAGCGCAGAGUGGAAUAUCUUUUGGGAUCCUGCGGCGGCCAACACGGUGCUCAUGUGUCCGCACCUCAAGAAGAUCAUCUUCUCACUCGACUCAACUAACUCAGUGCCGGUGACGUCGGAGGUGGUGCAGAAGUUCGGUGCACAGAACAAGUACUUGCUGUCUCAGUUUGUGGCCUCUACUUGGGCAAGCUGCACGCACGUCGAACUGUUCAACCCCGGUAAUGGGUACUAUGCAUGGGACGUGCUAACAGCUGCCUACGUCAUUGAUCGAGGGUUGGCUGAAGUGGAGGCAGUGCCGCUCGAAGUGGUGGUCGAGGCCAACGCGCCAAAUGAAGGGCAGAUCCGCCGGGCUGCCGAUGGCGCUGCACUGAGAAACACGUACCUCGCAAAAAACACAAACGCGGAGUUGUUCUAUCGACUGGCUCUGGACAGUGCACGACGCUCCCCAGUAUAA